GAAGUCCCCAUGUCCACUGACUUCUCGAAAUUUCAAUAAAACCCCAAAUUUCUUCCUCGAUUAAUUUUCUUCCCAUUCUAUUGACUAAAAAAAAUCAGAAUCCAAAUCCCUAAAAAAAAGGGAAAAAAUGAAUGGCAUCGGCAUCGGCAUCGGCAUCAUCCGCAGCUUUUUCGGCAUCAAUCGGACCUCUGAUUCGCAAUCGCUCUACCAGAUUCCUUCCAUGGCGGAAUCCUCGCCAUAAAUGGACUCACUCUCUCAACUAUAGCGAUGCUGGUUCUUGUUCUCGACUCUCCCAUAUCCAUAAUUCUCACUCUUCUCCUCCUCAUUCUCCUCUUCCGAUUCGCCAUCGUUUUCUUCUUCCUCAUCCUCCUCUUCUUCCUCUGCUCCGAUCUCGUCCACCUCCUUCUCGACAUCCUCUGCCAUUGAUGGCCUCCGCCGUUCCAGAACAGGCUGCUCCGGACACUCCUCCGUCCAAAACGGUUAGGGCUGUGAUUAAGGGUAGGGUUCAGGGGGUUUUCUAUCGGGACUGGACGGUGGAGAAUGCUACUCAGUUAGGGCUGAAGGGAUGGGUGCGGAACCGGAGGGAUGGGUCCGUGGAGGCGCUUUUCUCCGGCCGCCCUGAGGCGGUGACGGAGAUGGAGCAGAGGUGCCGACGUGGUCCGCCGGCGGCGAUGGUCACCGGAUUCCAGGUUUUUCCUAGCUCCGAUGACCCGGGACCCGGGUUUGAGCGUUUACGAACCGCGUGAUGAUCGUGAAUAUUGGGGGAAAAAAUGGAAUUGAAAUAUUAGCACUCAGUGUAAAUUAUUAGUGUUAUUAGGAAAAUUUCAGUACUCUCAUGGCCAUGAACAAUUUUUCAUGUAAUGUAAAUUUUAAGAAUCAUUACUACGCAACAUUAAAAGAAUUAUUUAUGAAAUAAUUUU